AUGACUUUCAGCCCUGGGAGCUCUCGGUCACCAGCUGGAGUCCCUGGUGUUAUCGUCCCAUACCGCAUGCAUGUUUCCCAACGAUAUCUCGAACUCACCAAGCAAAAACUAGAGCUCACCCGUCUACCUCGAGAGCCGUUGUCUGCUCGCCAACAUCGAUCCGGCAUUGAGAAAGCCGAUCUCGAAAACCUGAUCGACCACUGGACCGAUGAAUACAGCUGGCGCGCACAAGAGAAUUUUUACAACGAUGCACUCCCACAGUAUCGCUUGCUUAUCCAUGGCAUCCGGAUCCACUUCGUUCACAGACGAUCGAUGUCAGCAAGUGCGAUGCCUCUCCUGUUUAUUCAUGGAUGGCCGGAAAGCUUCAUAUCCGUUUCCAACAUGAUUGAUGACCUAUGCGAUCCAGUCCGAAUUCCUCUCAGAGGUGAUGAAGACUCGCCAGCAUUCCAUGUUGUUGCUCCUUCGAUUCCUGGCAUGGGCUUCAGCGACCAAGUCACAGAAGAUGGAAACAAUUUCCACGCCGCGGCGGAGAUUUUCGACGACCUGAUGAAAACGCUCGGAUAUGAACGGUAUAUGCUGCACGGUUCAGGAUGGGGUUUCAAAAUCGGUCGGCGAGUAGCGUUGGCGCACAGUGAAAGCUGCAUUGGCAUGCACRCGGCAAAUCUAGAGCAACCGGCUCCUAGCUUAUUGCCUCACACAUUGAGACCUACCACCCUGACUGCUCAGCCCAGUUGGUCGGAAAGCUCAAAGACCAUAUCCUAUGCACUAUGCGAUUCUCCUGCCGGCUUACUGGCGUACAUUGUCGAUGCCAUCGGACCAUCAUUGCGUGCGUCUCCUCAAGUGCCGAAUCCUUGGACACCCACGAUGCUCAUCGAUUGGGCGAUGCUCCACUGGCUGCCUGGCCCUGAGGUGGCUCUUCGGUGGCUGGAUAACUCCAAGCCCAUGUCGCAUAGCCUGUGGACCGCAUUCAGCAAUGUCCCACUUGCCAUUUCCCAAUAUGAAGAUCCGAACGCAAUGCAACUUGAUAUCGGUUGGGCCGAGCAGAUUCAUCCGAUUGCGAUGGUUAGACACCGGGUUGGUGCUGUUCGCUUCCCCGCCUGGGAGAGGCCGGCUGAGAUCUGCAAUGACAUUCGAGACCUCGCGCGGCUGCUGGGAGCCCCCAGUAUUACUUCUUACGAUGCUCAUACAGCUGGCUUCAAUCAGACAUCGUAUUGA